AUGUCUGCGCGGAAAGCUGUGAAAGCUUUAGCGCGGCCUGAACGAUAUCCACUUUAUUUAUACAAGCGGAUUCUAAGGCUUCAUUAUGGACUUCCUCCACCAGCGCGAUUAAUGGGAGAUACGUACGUGAAAGACGAGUUUCGACGGCAUAAAAAUGCAAGCCCUGAACACACUGCGAUUUUUAUCAACGAGUGGACAAACUACUGUGUGACUUUAUCAAAACAACUGUCUUCAUCCGGAAUUGCAAAAGGAUUUAUUGGCAAGGACUUGGAGCCAGAAAAGCUUGAAAUUUUUGCCCACGAACAAUUGCGACAGCUACUGGAUCUCAAAAUAGAGUCAGAACGAAUGGCGAAGGGCGAAUGUUCGUCAAAGUCUGGCUCGGAUGCGAACAGCGAGGGAUUCACCUCAAACCCAGAUAGUAAAAACUAA